AACCCAGAGAGAACCAGAGAGAACCAGAGAGAACCAGAGAGAAGAUGUACUCCCGGUCCGACAGUGUGACCCUGACGGUGCAGCAGCAGAGCUGGGCGACCCGCAGCACCGAGCCCGAGGUCUUCACCUUCGAGCGCGUCCCUCCGCAGGCCUCGGCGGUGCUCUCCUACGCUCCGAUCCGGCCGAGGAAGCGCUGCACCCGGGUGAUGUACCCGGCCAAGGUCCGCAUGCACCUCCCUCCUCCAGAGAAGAGCCCUGCGCAGCGCUGGCUGGUGGUGCUGUGCCUGGUGGUGCUGUGGCAGAUCUACACCGAGGAGCCGUGUGCAGAGACGCAGCCCGGCUCCGUGGACGGCCCGGUCACCGUCAGCGACUACCACAGCUUCCCGUUCCACCAGCACCAGUCCGGGGAGGACCAGCAGAACCAGCAGAACCAGCAGCUCUCAGACCUGGGUGCAGGAUCCACACAGAGGAUCUGAGAUCACAGGCUCCCUCUGCGGGGAACAGAGCACUCCAAGCCCGGAGAGGAGCACUGGGACCAGCAGGGCACCAUGGAGAGCUACUGGUCCUGCUGGUCGGACUGGGAAACCUGUCUGGAGGUCUGGAGCCUCUGGGAUCGACAGUGAACCGAGCUAGAGUUGAUCCAUCAGCAGAGAGCUCCAUGGAACCAGACAAAGAAAGAAAGAAAGAAAGAAAGAAAGAAAGAAAGAAAGAAAGAACACAAAGACUGAAACUUGAACUACAGAAAACUUGAACUCAUAGAGUGUGUGCUCCACACACUAACUGCACAUUUAAACUGUCAACGAGCUGAAACUGACACUGUCUGUUGUCUAAAUGUCUUAUUUAGUUAUUUAUUAUAUUUGCUAUUUAUUAAUUAAUGAUAAUUUAAAU